AUUCACCUGCCGAUUUUCAAAAGUUGAUAUUAUCUUUCCGAUUCAAUCAUUACUGUCGCGUCCUUUCUACUUAAACUUUUCACCUUACUUUACUUCCCCACAUACAAAGCGUCACUUCCGAAUGUGAAAAGGAUUUAAUAUCCUUCCUACUCAGUGCGCGACUCACCGUACAUAUUUUGACCUUCCAACUUUUCCCCAACCUAACCUAACCAACCUUCAUCUACCACAUCUUUCGUCAAUACCCAUAUCCUACUUGCAUUCUUCCUGCAAUUUUCGUUAAGCUACCUAAUGACGAACGAACUAAACUCCUCUUCCGUACCGAUUACCCAAACGAAAAUUUAAAUACCUUUGCCACAAACAUCUCUCUACCUAUUCGAUGGCACCGCCCUCGAGAUUCGGGGGUGCCCCUCCCUCCAUGGCGCCAUAUCAGCAUCAGUUUCCCUCACACCCUUCCCAGAAUCAUGCGACAGGCCACCAACCCCCUUCGCUGGGUAACUCAGCUUACCUUGCCAAUGCGCAAAUGAGCCCCUUUGGUGCGAAUGGCCUGGGACUCGGUGGUGGUGGUAUUAAUGCUGGCGCUGGCGCUGGUUUUGGUGAUCAAACCGGCUUCGCUAGCCACGCUGCCCGCUCUGGCUUUCAACACGCUGCACAAUUACAACAGCAGCAAGGACACCCACAUCAGCAAUCUCAUGGAAUGGUUGGUGAACGGCAGGCGCGCACAGGUGGUGGCAAGCUCCGCAUACGCGAAGUUUGGAAGCACAAUUUCGAGGAAGAAAUGGGCGUAUUAAUGGAUUUGAUCGAUGAUUUUCCAUACGUGGCUAUGGACACAGAGUUCCCCGGUAUUGUGGGUCGACCUAUGGGAAAUUUUCGAGGAAAGAGUGAUUAUCACUAUCAGUGCCUGCGCGUGAACGUCGACCUACUCAAGGUGAUUCAAAUAGGAAUCAGCCUGUUCAACGAGAAGGGAGAAACCCCCGCCGAGCGAGCUAACGUAUCGCCGAACGAAAUCGGUCCCGCCCCUCGACGAAGUACCGCCCAGGCGCAGAUGCCUCUCGCCUGGCAAUUCAACUUCAAGUUCUCUCUGAAGGAGGAUAUGUAUAAUCAAGCCUCUAUUGAAUCACUUCAGCAAGCAGGCAUCGAUUUCAAUCUGCUGGAUCGCGAUGGCAUCGACCCAAAGAAGUUUGCCGCGCUCUUCAUCGUCUCCGGAUUCGUGUGCUACGACAACGUCAAGUGGAUUUCAUUCCACGGUGGUUACGAUUUCGGUUACCUGACUAAGCUCCUCUUAGAUCAGAAGUUAGCAAACGACGAGAGCGAGUUUGACAAAAUUAUGAAGAAGUGGUUCCCAACCACGUACGAUGUCAAGCACUUGAUGAAGUACGCGGUAAAGCUUCAUACCACGGGACUCCUCACACCCCAGGAUCCAGGUUCAGCCGAAAUCAUGCAGAAGUUCGAGCAGAAGUCGGGCUUAGAAAGUAUUGCUGAUGCGCUGAAGAUCAAGCGGGUCGGAGCAGCUCACCAAGCUGGUUCAGACAGUCUUCUGACGGGCAAGGUAUUCUUUCAACUACGCGAAAGAAUCUACAACGGCGAGAUCUCCGAUGAUCACAUCGGUAAGGUCUGGGGUCUUGGAUUCUCUGGAAUGGAGAUGCCCAUAACAUCCCAAGGCCAGGCGAACAACGUGGACAACACCCCGCCUGGCAAUCCUAACGGCAACGUGAAUGGUGGUCCAACCACGCCAAGCACCGCGAGCGUCGGCCUUGCCAGUACGCCAGCCGCCCAAUCUCACAAUACUAAUGGUAUGGGAAUGGGACCUAUGACACCGGGCGGUGGCGGUGGAGUUUUUGGAGCCUUCAACUUUCCCCCUAAUCAGAGAUAGGGUCUUGUGGAGGCAAGUGAAGAAGAGCUUUUGGAAGCCUGGGGUAAACGCUCUUUCGGGCCUACUCUUCC